AUGUCGACCGUGAGCGCCAGCAAGCCCAUUACAAUGACGGACCGCGGACCGACGGGGCCUUCUUCAUACCUCCAGCAGGAACCACAGCCCCCAGGCAUGAUCGGUCCAACGCCGUCCUUUCCGGGCCCGCCGUCGCCGUCCGACUUUCGGCCCAUGCGGCCCUCGGGUGGUGGUGGUUUCCCAACCACGGCCUUGCCCUUUCCACAGCCGCCGCAGCAGCAACAACCAUCACUGCCACCGACUCAGCCCGUAUCCAUGGCGCACACGGCCGAGGGACUCAAGUACAUCCGGACCGCGGCCGAGAGCUCGCUGCGCGACUACGUCUCGCUGCAGCGGCGGCGGCGCUACGACGAUCCCGUGGCCGAGGACCGCCUGCGCAUCCAGAGGGGCGUCGCCCUCGCCGACUUGCGCACGCUGCGCAGUGGCGUUUCGGCCUUGGUCAAGGCUAGCGAGUCCCAUCGUUGGGGACGAUGGGUUUUGGGGGGAUUCUUCGCAACUCUCAUCCCAGCAGUCCGGCGGCUCUUUCGUCGGCCCUCAGAUGACCAAGAAUCAUCCAAUGACACCGAGUACGCCUUUCGCAAGAGCAAGGGUCUCAUCUCGCGCACCUGGACCUUGGUGCGUAACAAUGGAGCGCUCGCCUCCAUGGGCCUGCUCGUCCUCUCGGUGCUCUACGUCUUCCAGGCCGAGGUGUCGCUGCGGGUGGCGAGGACCGUGUCCAAGCGGCUCAAGCGACUUAUCCAGAGGAUCGAGAUUGGAGAUGAGGUGCUUGAUGAGAAAGAUCUCAACCUCUUUACGGGCUGGCGAUGGAGGGUGCUAUCAUGGAAAAGUUGA